GAGCGCUGCGCACGACGGCACUGUGUGCGAAUAGGAUCACCGUAUGUCAGUCAUCGAAUGACUAGCCCGUGUGAGCUGAGACUGCCGUUAACGCAUCGAUAAACGAUCGGCGGGGACAGUGGCACAUGAUCUAACUUUUUAAGAAGUCCUCUUCCUCGCUCUCCACUCCACAGCUAGAGUGUCUGCUUCAUCAAUCCCGUGAUGUUGCUGAAAUCGGCUAAACCCUUUGGAUUAACGUGCGGAACACGGACUUCGAACAUGAGUUGGUUUCUGCAGCGCUCGAUGCGGAGAGUGUUCUGAGAUAUUUCGACUGCGUGAAAACCUCCGCACAGGAAUUACCCAGCUAGCCAACGAUAGCCUAUUCGGUUCAGGGAAUUUUGUCUGUGUAUAUUUAUUUGAAGCCAUUGGAUGGGGUACUUUGGACAGACGUGAACAUCAACUUUUAUGGCGUUUCGAGACCCGAUGUGGAGCUGAUUUAUGGUGUUUCGAGACAUGAUGGAUAAAUGUUGCUUGGUUGUGAUCAAGAACUAGUAAACGCCGAGCACAGUUUUAUAUGUGCCACCUGGACAAGUAUCGUUGCUCUAACCGGGAAAAGACAGCAGACACUUUCUUCUUAGUUUCUCAAAUGCUCAUCACAACUUGCACUCGGUCGUUGCUCUUCCUGCGCAGAACAUCAGGUUCUAACGACUGUUGCCAGUGUCUCAACUGAACUCUGGUCUUCGGACAGUGUGACCUUUCAUAGGUCAGUGUUGAGAACUUUGUUAAUCGAUGAAUAAAAUAAAAACAUCAUCCAUAACUGGCCACCUGACACCUGAGAGGUAGCGACGCCUGACCACACGGAGCAAACCGCCGAAUCCCUCACAAAAGCGGUCUAUCUGGACUACCGACGCUUUUCAAAGAGGGACACAAACGAGAGAAAAUAGGAUUUCAGAGUUUACAUCGAGCGAUGCUUAUCACACGCUACUGUGCGACGAGCUGUCAACGCGUAUAACCCAAAUGCGCGUCUGUUGAUUUUGGAUAGAGACGGGCGACAAUACCGAUUUGCCAUCGAUCUGAAUGCUCUUAUCGCGACCUUAAUUCCUGUGCUUCACUAAAUCUUCUGAACAUGGCUGGGUCUGGAAGCUGUUGGAAGAAUUACCUCUGGAUUCUGACCAUCCUUUGCAGAUGUGCUUUACCUAUAGCCAAAACACUGGAGGCAGUGGUAUGGAGCUCACAAAAUACCAAUUUUGCACAAGGGAAGGGGUUGGCGAUCUACCCCGAGAUCGGGGACAAACUGGACAUCAUCUGCCCGAAGGGGGACAGCGCGCGGCCGUACGAGUUCUACAAGCUCUACCUGGUGAAGAAGGAGCAGGCUGAGUCCUGCAGCACCGUCCUGGACCCCAACGUCCUGGUCAACUGCAACAAGCCCGAGAAGGACAUCAAGUUCACCAUCAAGUUCCAGGAGUUCAGUCCCAACUACAUGGGCCUGGAGUUCAAGCGUUACGACAACUACUACAUCACCUCCACGUCUAACGGGACUCUGGAGGGCCUGGAGAACAGGGAGGGGGGCGUAUGCAGCACGCGAUCCAUGAAGAUCAUCAUGAAAGUGGGCCAGGACCCAAAUGCUCCCGAGUCCACUGACCCAGCAAAGCCAGACAAAGAGCAGGACAACACCAUCAAGGAGACCAUCCCUGAUUCCCCCUCGGACCGGGGCAAAGGGGGAGAGGGGCCUGUCAUGCCUGGCAACAAAGACACGAUCAACCAGGACAACAACAACUCUAACAACGCUGACGGGAUCUUCAGCUCCAAACCGGCCCUCUUCGCCGCCAUCGGGGCCGGCUGCGUCAUCUUCCUCCUGAUCAUCAUCAUCCUCAUCGUCUUGCUCAUCAAGCUGAGGAAGAGGAGCCACAAGCACACCCAGCCCCGUGGCACCGCCCUCUCCCUCAGCACCCUGGGCACGCCCAAGGGGGCGGGCGGCGCCGGCUCGGAGCCCAGCGACAUCAUCAUCCCGCUGCGGACGACGGAGAACAACUACUGCCCGCACUACGAGAAAGUGAGCGGCGACUACGGCCACCCGGUCUACAUCGUGCAGGAGAUGCCCCCGCAGAGCCCGGCCAACAUCUACUACAAAGUCUGAGCGUGCGAAAGAGAGAGAGAGAGAGAGAGAGAGAGAGAGAGAGAGAGAGAGAGAGAGUGAACGAGCGAGGGAAAGAGGUGAUAGAGUGUGAGAGAGUGAAAGAGGGGUAUGGGGGGGGUGGUGGGUGGGAAGAAUGGACGAGACAGGAAAGGACUCUGCGAAAAAGAGAGACGAGAAGAGGAGAGUUCCCGGUCCUGACCUUUCCUGUAUUUUCUUUUUCAACUACCUAGUCUGUGUGAUGUGUGAUGAAAGACUCGAUUCAUGUCUGGGAGUGUAAGGGGUAGCGGCACAGACAGGAAUAAGAGAGGCCAAAACACGGACUAAAACUGCAAAGGAAGAAGAAGAAGAAGAAAAAGAAGGAAAAGUAGUGUGAGACUGGGGCCAAAGCCGGGGCUUACUUCCACUUUGGCCACUGGCUCCUGCUCUGUCCUGCCAAAAUGGACGCUCUCACACCUGUUUCUGACCUCUCCGUGGAUAUUGGGAAAGGAGCUGACCAGUCCUCUCACUCACUCCCCCCUUCUCUAUACCUCUCUCGCUCUCUCUCUUUCUCUCCGUGGAUCAGUAUGUGUGUGAGUGUGUGUGUGUUAGCCUGUGCGCUAACACCUAAUGCUUCAGGGGAUGUUGAAAGCCCAUGUGACUGGGGGAGAAAAAAAAGCCUUUGUUCACACAGACUUCUCCAGGAAGAAGGAAAACAAAACAAAAUAGGUUUUUCACCAGAGACUCUUGGAAGGGCAUCGUUUUUUGAUGGCGGAAGCACACACGUGCCCCCACCACCACCCCCCACAACCACCACCACCACCCCCACCCAUGUCGUCUCCCACACUGACACGUUCUAGAAUUGCUCUCUGCUUUUCUUGUUUUUUUUUCUUUCUUUCUUUGUUGUUAUUGUUUAUGAAUUUUUUUUAAACCGCUCACCUAGUCACUCACUCUUUUUACUCGCUCGUGUCUUAUGGUGUUGUGCUGUUCUUCUCUAGACUGCGUAUUUGAACGGUUGGUGGUGAUGUUGGUCUCCUUGUUCCACACUGCCCCCACGGUAUAUCAUUAGCAAGUAACGCUUUUAUCAGGCCAAGCCUGCAUACCUGCACAAGAACACACCCACUGCCCACCACACCAUUCCUGUUUUCACAUGCUUAGGAAGGUAUGCACUCUGAAGUGGAAAGACAGAGAGAGAGAGAAAUACAGAGAGAGUCUGUGUGUGUGUGUGUGUGUGUGGUGUGUGUGUGUGUGUGUGUGUGUGUGUGUGUGUGUGUGUGUGAGAGAGAGAGAGCACAAGGGAGAAAGUGAGAGUUAAUGAAAGAGAAACAGGUCACUUUAUAUUAGUGCUGAAAGAUCAUGAUGACUGAAAAGGUAUGACGAUAAACAGAGAGAGAAUGUGUGUGUGUGUAUGUAAGUGUGUGUGUGUGUGUGUGUGUGUGCGUGUGUGUGUCCUAAAUUAGCCUUGGCUUUUUCCCCACGGUGAGCAAGAAUAACAAGAUCAAAUUUGUCGCAGCAGAAUCAAAUGUGUGGAAGCAAUUUAGAUGCUAUCUAGGGUGCACUCACCUUUGACCCCUCCUCACUGACACACUCAUGAGGUUGAUGAAGGGCGGGGGGUAGAAAUGGGCAGAUUCUGGGGGAGAGGCGUAAGAGUCAGUCCACUCCACUCCACUCGCCCUCUGUAUAGGAAUGGAGAGAUGGAGGAGGAGGACAGGGCUUUUGUCGAAAAAUAGAGACCCAGUGGAAGAGAGAGGACAGGAGAGGUUUUGAGGGGGACAAACGUUUGUCGGGCCGGAAGAGGUGGGGUGGGGGUAGGGGGUGGGGUGGGGCGGGGCGGGGGUUUUGCUGUAGGGGGGAAAAAUCCAACAUAUGUUCUGUCCAUCUCCAUAAAAUAAACGAGUUUCAGGAGAGAGGGAUGCGAAUGGAAAAAGUGGGAGCCAGCUUCUCCCCACCCCCCUCUGCCGCAGCUUCCCGAGGACUGGAAAAAACGAACAAAAGGCAAAAAAACGAGCGAGAAAGAAAGAAAAAAGCAAUAGUAAACGCGAGAGAGACAUCGAAGCAAAGAAAUAAUAAUUUCACCCACAGGAUAGCAAGCAUAGAGAGAGAGAGAGAGAGAGAGAGAGAGAGAGAGAGA